ACGACGACCUAGGCUAACCAAUGCACUAAUCGCCUGCCCCGGGCAUAGGAGGAGCUUGGUGCUUAAGUAGGCUGCCAAUCAGUCAGUCAGCUCCACAUCCAGAAGCUCCUGCGGCCAGACACACGCAUCACUCCGCACUCGAGGUGCCAAACUGCGGCUCUGACACAACUCCGGGUCGGUGGAGAGAAGCUUGACAGUUUCUAAAAAGGGGGGACUCUGGUGAUUUAGACACCCCCUUCAUCCUCCUCUUCUUCUUCUUUCUUGGGGAUUCCUACUUUGUUUUUUUUUUUUCCUUGCCUCCUCUUGCUGUUGCGUGACUUAGACUUUGGGAGAGAUUUACUGUACGCGCGCUCCGGACAUGUCUUUCCCUCAGCUGGGAUACCCCCAGUUCCUCAGUGCGUCCCAUGAGGUGUACGGCGGCGAGCGGCCGGCUUCUGCCCGGGAAGGAGGCGCCGAGGGCGGCGUGAGCUCGUCCGCUACCGCCGCGGCUGUCGGCUCUAUGCUGGGGAUGUACGGGAGCCCAUGGGCGGCUCAUAACUACAGUGCCUUUCUGCCGUACAGCGGAGCCACAGACCUCGCCCUCAUAUCCCAGAUGGGCUCCCAGUAUGAGCUGAAGGAGAGUCCGGGGUCCCACCCAGGCUCCCUGCCUGUCCACGCCGCUCAGGGCUUCUACCCGUACGGCCAGUACCCGUAUGGGGACCCAUCGAGGGCCAAGACGGCCACCCGGGAGACCACGAGCACCCUGAAGGCCUGGCUCCAGGAGCACCAGAAGAACCCGUACCCGACCAAAGGAGAGAAGAUCAUGCUCGCCAUCAUCACCCGGAUGACACUCACACAGGUGUCGACGUGGUUCGCGAACGCCCGCAGACGCCUGAAGAAGGAGAACAAGGUAACCUGGGGCCGCAGCGCCGAGGACCGAGACGGCCGCAUCUUCAGCAGCGACAACGAGGAUGAGCACGGCAAGAACGGCAGCGACGACGAAGACGAAGAGGAGGAAAUCGAUCUGGAAACUGUGGAUAUCGAGAGACCCGAGGAGCAGCGAGCGGAGGAGCAGGGCUCCGGCAAAGUGGAGGCGGAGGCGGGCCUGUCCGUCAGAGAGCAGGCCUCGGAGCCGAAGAGCUCGGAGAGCAGCAGGACGCUUUCAGUGGAGAGCCUGAGAGGAGUGGAGGCGGCUAUUUCUCUCAAUAAAUCGCCCGUUGCCAAACUCGCGGUGGAUCAUUCUCCAAGCAGACAGGAGUGCCAGAGACCGCCGCAGAGCAAACCCAAAAUCUGGUCCUUGGCUGAGACCGCCACGGCCCCCGACAACUCUCACAAACCUUCCCCCGCGGCCCAUGCGCACCACCCGGCUUUGGCCUCCGCCGGCCACCCGGCCUUACUCCCGGGUCAUGGGAUAUAUACGUGCCAGAUUGGCAAGCUGCACAACUGGGCCAACGCUGCUUUUCUGAACGCCAACUCUCUUUUGAACAUGAGAUCGCUCCUCGGAGGGGCGCCGGCCGGACACCUGCCCCUCCACGGUGCGGUGCCGGCCGCGCGUCAUGACGCACGACCGGCGGCGGCGGCGGGCCCAGGAACUUCGGGAACGGAAGAUGACAGUGAUGUCGAGUCGUCAGGAAGCUUCAGUCCAAAAAUAGAUGACGAGGAGAGCGACCACAGGCCUGACUCCCUGAAGUCCCCGUUCCAGCUGAUCACUGACAGACCUCACCAUGGGACAGCAUCACAGCGAGUUCUGACAACAACAUUAUGAGAAGACAAAGGGGAAAAAAAGAAAGAAAGGAAUAAUUUUAUUUAAUGGAGAACAGUUUAACGAAGGUUAUUUCUUUUUUCUUUUCUUUUUUUGGCAGGGCCACCUGUCAUAAUAUUACUGUUUAGCUUCUACAUGCAAAAGAGAUGGUUGUUUUUGUCACAGAUUUGCUUGUAUCUCUCUCUUAUGUCCUAUGUUUUUUUCCUCGCCUCUUCUGUUGUGAAUGGAAACCUUGAAAAAUUGUAAAUACAGGAUAUGAAUUUGUCUUUAAAGAAUAUAUUUUUUGGGAACUAAAUAAAUGUCAUUAUAGUCA